AUGUUUUGCAACUACUAUGGCAAUUCCUGUGACUAUGGGUGUGGAAACAGCUAUGACUGUGGAUUUAGUCCCUAUUGUGGCUGUGGAUAUGGCUCCCAUUAUGGCUGUGGCUAUGGAACCAGAUAUGGCUGUGGAUAUGGCUCCCAUUAUGGCUGUGGUUAUGGAAGCAGAUGUGGCUGUGGAUAUGGCUCUGGCUACUGCAGCUCCUGCUGUGGAUAUUGUUCUGGAUAUGGCUGUGGAUAUUAUGGUUGUGGCUACAGCUGUGGCUAUUGCUCUGCCUGCUGUGGAUACCAACCAUUUUUCUAUAGAAGAUAUUCUUCUUGUUGCUAG